AUGGAUACAUAUGGGCCACAAGGGGUUGAAGAAACCGUCAAUUGCGUAGACGAACACAAAUCCGUCGUCGAAAAUGGGGGUAUCAGAGAAUUCGACGUUGUUGAUGGAUAUUUGUUCAGGCUGGCCGGAGGUCACGACGAGGUGGCUGACGGGGGAGAGGGACGGGACUGUGGAGGAGAAGGGCAGGGAGAGGAGGGAUUGGGGAGAGAGAGAGAAGGGGGAGAAGUGAAGGAGGAGGUGGGCGAGAGACGGCUGACCGAAAGUGGAGAAGGCGGAGUCCGGCGUGGAGAAGAUGGUGAGGGUGGUGGUGGGCGUCGAUGA